AGCACCUCUAGCAAGAUUACAUGGGUCUUCUAUUUUGGAAAGACAUCACCUUGAAUACAGUAAAACAUUACUUCAGGAUGAGAGCAUAAACAUUUUUCAGAACUUGAAUCAACGUCAAUAUGAAACAGUCAUCCAUUUAAUGGAAGUUGCAAUAAUUGCAACCGACUUGGCCUUGUAUUUCAAGAAAAGGACAAUGUUUCAAAAAAUUGUAGACCAUGUUGAAAAAAUAGAGAAUGAAGAAGAAGCCAUAAAGUAUAUUUCUUCUGACCCAACCAAGAAAGAAAUUGUUAUGGCAAUGAUGAUGACAGGAUGUGACUUGUCAGCCAUUACUAAGCCAUGGGAAGUACAAAGCAAGGUUGCACUUAUGGUUGCUAAUGAAUUCUGGGAGCAGGGUGAUCUGGAGCGAACAGUUUUACAGCAACAACCUAUACCAAUGAUGGACAGAAAUAAAGCAGAUGAACUCCCAAAGCUACAAGUUGGUUUCAUCGACUUUGUGUGUACCUUUGUGUACAAAGAAUUUUCAAGAUUCCAUAAAGAAAUAACGCCGAUGUAUGAGGGGCUCCAGAACAAUAGAGUUGAAUGGAAAUUACGAGCUGAUGAAUAUGAUGCAAAGAUGAAGCUGAUUGAAGAACAAAGGAAGGAAGAAGAAGAAAUGGCAGUGAAGAAAGCAGCAAAUGGAGAAGUUGAAGCUGGAGAUGAAGGGAAGGAAGGCAAACGUGCUGGAAAAUCCAGAACAUGUGAAAUAUUUUAAAACUUUGUGAAUGGACUCGGGCAUAUUACAAACUGUUUAACAAUGAUUCACCAAAAGAUUCAUUGGAUUAAGAGUACAGAUUCACCAAAUGUCUAAACAAUUAUUUUAAAAUAAUUUUGUUCUUGGGAUGUGUACGCCACUGGCAAGGCUAGUAUUUAUUGCCCAUCCCUAAAUGCCCUUUAGAAGCUGGUGGUGAACCACCUCAUGAGCACCUGCAGUCAGUGCACUAUAGAUAACACCCAGAGUGUUUGUUUCCCAUAGCAGUUUGUACACCUCAAUGGUUUAUUAUUGCCAUUUCAGAGGGCAGUUAAGAGUUAACCACAUCUCUACACAACUAGAAUCGUGUGGUCCAGACUAGGAGUGGCGAGCAGAUUUUGUCUCCCGAAAGACAUGAGUGAAUGAUGGUUUUUUAAAUAAAGGUCCAGUAUCUUCAUGAUCAUUAUGAAUGGAACCACCAUUGUAUUUUGGUUGCAUUAUUAAUUAAGUACAUUUAAAUCCCCACCCCCAAGCCCAGCCACAAUGCUGGGAUUUGAACUCAUGCUCCAUUGCAUCAGUCAAGACCUUCAGACUACUAGUAACAUUACGAAUAUGCUGCCAUCCCUUAACAAGCUCAAAAAUAGUCUGCAGAUAAACCAAUAUUCC